AUGUCCUCGAGUUCUGGUUCGAAUGCGUUGAUCCAGCAAUUACUAAAGGCUGAGGAGGAGGCCGAGGCAAUUGUUCGCAGAGCCAAAGAAAAUAGAGUUAAGCUUUUGAACGAGGCUGUAGCCGCGGCUGAAGAGGAUUUGAAAAAAUUUAAAGAAUCUGAAGAGCAAUUGCUCAUGGAUGAAUAUAACAAGGAGUCUGUGCUGGAAGAUCCGAGAUCUGUAAUGCUGGAAAUGAAAUCCAAGACAUUUAUCGAGGAGUGCGACAUAAAGCUAAAGGAACUAAAGCCUAUGUUAGUCGACAAACUCGUGGAAGCUACGCUCAAUAUUAAUGUAUAA